UGAAACCUCCUUUCCUUCGUUGGAAAUACAGAAACUGGGGUUUGCUUGGCUUCAGAAACAAACUUCACCGGAAGGCAGAGAAGGCGAGCACGAGCUAAAAGUCGGACGAGGACUCCCUCUCCGCAUGCCGCCUCACGGCUCUCCACAGAGAUGCGAUCGCGGGUCGCCUCUGACCUUUCCGUCCAAGUCUGGCCGCAAUUUCAUCCUCUUUCCUUGCUGUUUUUUCGUAUCCUUUGCCUCUUUCUCGCUCCCGCUUCUCUUCAGCGAAGGGGCACGCACACUUGGGAGAAACGACGUCCAGAGUAUGUCCGUUCUUCGGUGCGGCGCGGUGUCGCUCGUCUCAAAGGCUCGUUGUUUUUUUGGGACUGAAUUCUUGUCCGUACUACUUUGCUGCUGUCACGAGUCUCCAUAGUGUCUAACACAGAAAACGUCUUCAAAUAGCUAACCGUGGACUUGGCUGUUCCUCCCCAACAGUAGACUCUAAAAGCACCUCUCUUGUUCGAGGGCUGUCGCUCUGGAGACCCGCGCGUUUUUUCGUAGUUGCGUUCUUCGCUGAUUCUCUCAUUUCGCUUUUCCCUUCCUUUGUCCUCGCGCCGUCCUCUUCGCAUCGUCUCCUGCUGACACUUCAGAGGCCUCAGUGCGUCUCGUCCGCAGUCAGGCGCCGUUCUUGUGGUCGCCUCUUUCUUCCUCUGCCUCCUUUUUUCUGCUUUCUUCCUCUGCCUCCUUUUCUUGCUUUGUCUUCUCGGGACUCUAGAAUAAUAUAUGUACUAGGAUUGCCGCAAACUAUGUGCAGGCGUGGAUAUAUGCGUACAUGUACGUACAUGCACUGCGAGGUGGACUUCUCGUUCCGCUCUGGAGGGCCUCGCUUCACCGAAUAGAACUUCUCUGCUCGCGUUGAGUUCUCUCCCUCACGAUGCGCCGCCUUUCCUGCACUCCUCGCUCGCGAGGGGGGAUGCGCGAUCGAGAGAAGAGUGCCUGUUUCCCCCAUGUUUCUGGCGCGUCUGACCGCGAGUCCUCCUCUCUGUUUUCUUCUCUGUCUUCUCUGACGCCCGCCUCUCUGUUCGGGGGAGCUGCUCUCACUCAACCGUCCUCCCCGUGUUCCCCUCCUCUCACUCAGAAGCCUGAAACUCGUUCGCCACUCUCUUCCUCGUCCGCUUCCUCUUCACCAUUUCCUGCCGCUCCUUCUCUGCGGUGCUUCGCUGUCUUCGACCUGACGGCCAACGGAACAGACAAGAAGGCCGUCGCCUGGCGACUCGGCCGAGCUCAGCGACCGGCGGUCGAAGGCGUUCUCCACCGUCUCGCCGCGACCUACCAGGCGCGCCUGUCAGCCCCGAGCUCUCUCGAGGACUUCGACGAGGUGCGACGAAGACUCUGCCGUCAGCAGCUGCGGUGGGAGCCGGGGACCGUUUUCUGCAUGCUUCAAGACGGAGCAUCAGGGGAUUCUUCUCUUUCUCCGCAACUGGUCAGCGAGACAAAGCAAGCCUCGCCUUGGCGCAUGCGUCUGUGUGUCGCAGUCACUGACUCUCGCCGUUUCCCCGCUCGCGUCGCCUACGAACUUUUGCAGCUGGUCCACCAAGAAGUCGAGACCCUCGAGCAAGAAAGCGGCGCCCGCCACGAACCGAAGGAAAGACUAGAAAAAGAAAGACUAGACGAGAGAGGAGGAGAAGACGAAGAAGAUUCUUCGCGGUUGCGAUGUUGUUCCGGGGGUUCGUGUGGCGAGAGGGGCGUUUCUUCGAGAAGCAACAGCUCGUGGAGUUCCGGCGAGAAGCAGAGGCUGACAGAGAGAAGCCGGGCGCCAGCGGCUCGAGAAUCGGAUACAAACGGAACGAGGUCGCGCGACAGCCGACAGAAAAAAGUUCGUCGCGCCCUGGAGAACUUUCUGCAUCUGUUGUUGAUUCUACCAGACCCGCAGUUGCUCUGUCACUUGCGACUCCAGCUGUCUUCCUCCCCCCCUCCUCGCGAUUCGUCUGAUCCUGGGGCCUUAAGGCUAAGGCCAACAUUGUCUCCCGCUACGUCGUGUGACGAUCGCGAGGAUGCGCUGCGCGCCUCUUCGCCUGCACUGCGUUCUGCACCGGGACCAGCUGACCCGGGAGACUCCGGAGGGAAAGAACUUCCUUCUUCCUCUUCGUCUUCCUCUUCUCCUUCCUCUUCUUCGUCGUCGUCUUCUCCGAUUCCUUCUCUGCCUGUUCGUUUUCUGUGUCGUUCUAGGUCGUCUGCUGUGAAGCCUUCGUGCGACGCUGCCAGCUCGCCCGUUCCGUCUGCUUCGAGUGCGUCUUCCUCUCCGAGGACCUCGACGCGUUCUUCCUGUCCCGCUGCGCCGAGUAUCGCUCUGCCUCAACUGGCGACUGUGGCGGCGCGCGUGGAGUCCCUGAAUAUCUUGUUGGAAGACAAUUUGCGUUUACUUUACUCUUCUUCAGCUUCUCUGGACGCGCUGGAGCAGAAGACGUCUUCCCUCUCUGGCCACACGCGCGUCUUCGCCUCGACUUCCAGACGCGUCCGGCGAAUCAUGUGGGUCAAGUCCAAGAUGCUCUACUGUCUGGUCGCUGGCGCCGUCGUCUUCGUCGUCUUCGUCGCCUGGGUUCUCUAAGAAAGAUCUCUUUGAAGACGGAUGAAGACGGACGCCUCGAAGAAGUCUGUUGCGAGAGAAGCCGUCGUUAAACAAGUGAAAAAGUCGUUUCAAGAUUUCGGAGAAAACGUUUUUCGGAAGCGCCGAGUGUCAGAGGGAAGCGAGAGCCUCUUUCUUCCAGGCAGACCGCACAGACAAAUAUGCAGGUUUGGGUCGGAGUCCUCAGGCGUAGAGUCGACUCCAGAGAGAAAGCGAAAAUGUGAGACAGCAGGCAGGUGCGGUUCUUCUUCUUGGCAAAGAAGCUCCUGCUCGAUGAUAUGCGGACGCGUUUCAGGUCACAAGCCCACCUCUGUGUCGUCCUUCUGAACGAAGAGUUCCCCCUUAGAACGUGAAUCGCUCGAGAGUUUGCGUCGUCGAGCUUUCUUCUCGCUACGAAGGCAGUCGCGACACUCUCGGCGACUCUGCGUGCGCGUCGUUGUCUUCGCGUUUGCCUCGCUGGGGAGAAAGAAUGGGUGGCGGAGAGCUUUUUGCUUGGCUGCGUUGCACUUCUCUAAUUGUACCUCCCGAGCAACCUGGAGAGAACGGGGGGUCUCCGUUGAAGUGUUUGCUUCGGAGGUCUGUGGUAGAUGCACACUGCGCGCCUGGGGCGUGGACGGAGGUUGCAGGAAAGAGGGAAUGCGAAAAAAGUGAUUCGACCCGGGAACGCGGUCUUCUUUAAAAAACCACACACGCACACCAAUCCAACUCUUUUUUUCUUCUCGCGAACGAGAGGAAAGUCUCUUUACGGCUCUUCGUUAGGUGCCGCGAGAGGCCUUCUUGUCCCGACUCCGGCGAUCAUGAAGAACGUGACUGUCUGCAUCUCACAACUGGAGUCGUAUUCAGUAGCCUAGGUACGAGAUUGUUGCAAACGACAAGACAUCAUGAUUCGAGACCUGUUCGCACAGAAGAUCACCUCUAGGCCUAAUUCACUGAAGGGAGAUGUAAUUGAGGGUUGAACUGUCAGACUUCCGCCAUUUUUGUGUAGGAAAAGCUUCGUACGCGUGGAUGUGGACUGAAUCCUGCAUGUGGCCGCGCUCUAAAUGUCUGAACGUGAAAAGAGAAAAAAACGAUAAUUUAAACUGUUGCGGAUUCGCCGUUUUCUUCACGAAUGCCUGUUGCUAGCAACGGGCAGUGUCCCCACUGCUUCUCCCGGCGUAGUAACGUGCAAGCGUUAGCUGUAUUGUGGCGGUCGAAAGGUAGGGAAAUCCCUGUUGGUUGAUCAGCGUCGUGCGUCUGUGGCUGUCGCAUCGUUGCCGAGUGCGUCUUUGGAAGUGCAGAUGCGCUAGAGGCUGAGGCCUCUCCAGCCACAAGAUUCACGGGGUUGGGUCCCGGCGACGGUAGAAAGGGAAGUGUUACCACGAGACGAAUGAUUGUGAGAAGAUGAAUCCAACGAAAAAGGGUAACGGCGUGGAGGUGACUCCACAUCGGUCAAGUUUUCUGUAGUCAUUUAACCUCCGCUUGGAUGUGAGUACCGAAUUCAGAACAGACAGGCUGCGUCAGCAUAUCAAACCUCAUCCUAACUGAGUACCCUUUUAAGAGUUGGAUGCCUGGUUUACUCGUUCUCGAAGGCAACAGUUCCCUGGUAGAAGUGUGUAAGUACAGCUUCAUCCUACAUUCCCAUCCUGUUGCCACUUGUCGAACUGAAUGUUGAGCGCUAGCAAACGCACCCGAACAACUCGUGAUGGGGGAAAAGGUGCUCAGUUCCUUCCUAGGGACAACACUUGAGUUUCUUCGCGGAACGCGCUCCAGAAAACGAAAAUGAAAUCGCCCGUGUGGGCCUGCGAGCCGACCUUUUGCGUUCCAGAGAGCUGCGUGUCUUUGUCGCGAGGUGUCUAGACACCUCGGAAGUCGAAAGAAGCACCUUUUGGCUUCGCCGUGUGACCGAAGCAACGUAAGGGGAUGCCAGUUGCAGCAGAACUGCGGAUCUCAAAAACGAUUGAGUUUCAGGAAACGGAGAGUCACCUUUUUCUCUCCCUCCAGCCUUCCGUGCCCCUUCUACUUCAAGUUCAGGUGUACGUACACCCGAUCAUCAGGGGAGCGCAUGUUCUUUCCGAGAACUCAGCAUCUCGAUAUGUUUUGGGGGGCUCGACUGUGAAGUGAGUUGCGUCCCUUCUCUCUCGGUUCAGCACUCGCCGUGGGCCUACUUUGAAAACGUAAAAAACGGCAUCCCAUGGCAAAAAGGACGGCUGCUGAAAAGGCGAGUUUCUGUGACUUUGGGGGCAGAGCUUCACCCAGGGUGUCAAGAGAAGCCCGGAAGAGAGAGAUCCGAACAGCUCGCGAACUGGACACCUGAUACCAGUCCCCAGCUCCACUUAAGUGUCUCAAACACCUGGAGCAGAACUCCACCCAAAUUGACCUCGUCCAUGCAAGCAGGAGUCCGAGCUACAACGGAAAAUGCCACGUCGCCGGCUC